AUGUUACGUCUCGACCUUGUUGAUCAGGGUCACAGCGCUGAAGACAAAUCUCACCUAGUGAUGGAUUAUUAUACUCAAGAAGUUCCAAGCCCUUCGUCAAAACCAGAGUUUCUUCGUUUCUGCGAAGUGAAGAUACAACAUUUGUACGAUGUAUUGACCCCUUAUGCAGUCGGAAGAUGGUGCUUUACUGUUCUUCUCAUCUUCUUCUAUAUAUUACGUGUUAUCAUCACACAGGGUUAUCACGUGGUUACGUAUGUGAUGGGAAUAUUUCUUCUGAACAGACUAAUUGAUUUUCUUUCGCCCAAAAUUGUACCUGAAACUUCCACUGAUGAAGUACUUCCAACCAAGUCAUCGGAAGAGUUCAGGCCUUUUUUAAGGAAAUUACCUGAACUUAAGUUUUGGUAUGAUGAUUUUUUCGUUGACUAUAGUUUAACAGGAACUCAUGUACCAUAUGUUUAUUUAUAUCUAUAUUCUGUACAUUUCUGAGCUUUCUCGAUGUACCUGUGUUUUGGCCGAUCUUAGUGAUGUACUUCUUUUUGCUGUUUUACGUGACUAUGAAGCGUCAAAUAUCGCAUAUGAUCAAAUACCGUUACUUACCAUUCACCUAUGGGAAACCACGUCAUCAGUCCAAUGGAAUGAGAUUUUAAAAUGAAUUCAACUUAUAGACAUUUACAAUAUGUAAACAAAAUUUGAAAUUUUUUGUUAUAUAUCAUCAUUCUAAACGACUCAGUACUUAUUUUUAUGUACUGUUUUUUGUACUUUUGUGAUGAGUCCUACUCGUUACUGUGAGUAUAUAUAGUGCUCAUUUUCCUACUUAAGGUAUACACUUAAUUUAUGCUUAACAACUGAUGUAAAAAAGUAAUAUAAUUGACUUUAAUCAAACUUCUAUUUGCAUGUCUUUCUUUCCCUGUUACUUAUCAAUUUUCUCCUGUUUUCUGUUUUAUUUCACAAGAAUCUAAAAUCCCAAACUAGUACUUUUUGUCUUGUCUUCUACAUAAUCACUCCAUAUUUCGUCAAUUCCGAAUUAUGUGUUCAUGUUUCUUGUGAAUAUGCACAGUUUAGUUAUGUCCAUCCACUUCUCAAUGCAUCAGUAUUAGUGGAACGUUACUAAUCCCCAAAAUAAUUUGUUAAUUGUAUCAGGCCUACUCCCAUUUCUCCGUGUACACAUUAAAUGCUACACUAAAA